AUGCAGUUUGAUGGUUUUGAUUCUUUUAGCAAGAAAACCGCUAUCCCCAGAAUUCGUUUCGCAUUGGUGUCAGUAACAACUCAGUUGACAAUACAUCAUGCCUCGAAUGGAUCUCCAUAUCUCCGUGUCAUUGGUUGCUAUGUGUCUGUUGGCUUUACCGAUGUUGUUAUUCGAAACGGUGGUCUCGUCGGCAAUGUUUUCAAUUCACAGUUUCGUGGAAACGCGGCUGCGCAAGCUCGGCAAAUGUUGCCGUCCAAAAUAUGUGCAAUGAUUCCAAAUAUUAUUGGCCAAAAACUCAACAGCCGUCUGAAAACCAUGCCUCAGUCCAUACCGCUUACAAAAUUCGCCAGCAUCGCCGAAGGAAUUGUUCGAAGUGUUGCUGUCGGCAGUCUACCGGGUCACGUAAGUUCAUGCAAUUCAGGAAUAGCUGAUAUAUCAUAG